CCAUAGGAACGAAAGAGCAAAUCGAGGGCCGGCCAAGCCGUGUUACAGGCCGCAUAAUAAACGGUUCCCCGACUGCUUAGCUUUCACUCUGCGGCUGCCAUCUUGUUUAUUAGGCCGGUGGUAGUGAAGGCGGCUCUUUCGUUUCCUGAACGUUGCCGUUUCGCCGUAAGUAAUAGGGAGAGGGAGCCUCCUGUAGGUCGAAGUUGUGCAGCUCCCCUCUCUCCCUUCUUGACAAGAGAGUGGAUGUGCCUUAUAAUCAUAGAAUUGCGGAGUUGGAAGGGACCACAGGGGUCAUCUAAACCAACCCUCUGCAACUCGGGACUCGAACCCAUGACCCUAGCACUGCAGUUUCUUAGGAAGACACUACAGUACAGUAUUGUAAAACCUGUGAGAUGGCCAUGCCCACUGCUGCCAUGUACACACACCCCUUUGAAGAAUUUACCAGGAGGAAAUGCAUCUUUGGCCUGAAAAACUUUCCCUACCACUGACAUAAUAAGACUGGACCAGCUGUCUCCAAACAAGUAUCCAGGUGAAAGCAUUUUGCAGCAGGUAUGCAGUAUAAGUAUUGGCAAUGACUCUUCAUGAGAUUGUUCAGACUGCAGCCAGUUUGUAUCCUGAGAGAAGAGCAGUAUGCUUUGAUGAAUGCAUCAAUAAGGUUCCAGUUAUCUACACUUACAAAACGGUUAUUAACCUAGCCAUAGAACUUACCGAUUUCCUGAAGAAACAUUGUAAUUUCACCGAACGAUUUGAAAUAGGCCUCUACUGCUACCCAGGAAUAAAUCUGCCUUCUUGGAUUAUAGGAAUUCUCCAAGUGCCAGCUGCCUAUUCCCCUAUUGAUCCAGAUGCCCCUCCAAACUUGUCUGCAUAUUUCAUGAAAAAGUGUAACUUCCAAUAUGUCCUUGUGGAGAAAGACAGAGUUGAUAAAUUCACAGUAGCACAUGGGCAUUUGUUCUGCCAUAAUUCCUUUGAAAUACCAAAAGUUGGUUUGAUUCUUUUCCAGAGGAAGGGCAGUAAUAUUGAACAUUUAAACAAUAGCAAUGAAAGUUAUGCCGUGCCAAGUGGCUUAGAGACACGAGCCUUGGACCAGCUUGAGACAAAACCAUUCAAAGACCUGCUGGAUGUCAGACAGCAAUGCUCCAUAGCAUAUAUUUUACAUACAUCUGGAACAACAGGGAUCCCUAAAAUUGUCCGGGUACCUCACAAAUGCAUACUGCCAAAUAUUCUUCAUCUUCGAGAUGUAUUUAAGGUCACACCAGAUGAUACAGUGUUUAUGGCCUCUCCCCUGACGUUUGAUCCAUCUGUAAUUGAGCUGUUCAUUGCUCUGGCAAGUGGGGCUUCCCUGCUUAUAGUUCCUAACCUGAUUAAAAUGAUGCCACAGGAGUUGUCUGAGGCUCUUUUUCAGCACCACAGAGUGUCUGUAUUACAGGCUACACCCACACUUCUGCGCAGAUUUGGAGUUCAGCGCAUUAAAUCAACAUUGUUGUCUGCUGAUACGUCACUGCGAAUCUUAGCUCUUGGUGGAGAAGCAUUUCCUGGACUGAAUGUGCUAAGAAGCUGGAGAGGAAAGGGAAACAAAACACACGUGUUUAAUAUCUAUGGUAUUACAGAAGUUUCCUGCUGGGCCACAUGCUACAAGGUUCCCGAGGAGGUUUUUAGUUCUGAUCACCGAUUUGAUUCCCUUGUACCACUGGGAACCCCACUGUCUGGAACAAUAGUUGAAGUCAAAGAUGCUAAUGGUUCUACCGUUCUAGAAGGUGAAGGUCAAGUGUUCAUAGGAGGUGAGGAACGUGUCUGCUUUCUUGAUGAUGAAGUAACACUACCUAAGGGCACAAUGAGAGCAACUGGAGACUUCGUAAGAGUAAAAGAUACCGAAAUGUUAUUCUUGGGGCGGAAGGACAAUCAAAUUAAACGUCAUGGCAAGCGCCUCAGUAUUGAAUAUGUACAGCAGAUUGCGGAAGGCUACUGUCAAGUGGAAACAUGUGCUGUGAUAUGGUAUCAACAGGAAAAAUUAAUUCUGUUCGUUGUGCCCAAAGGCAAUUUUAAAAAAAGAGACAUUUUAAAGAAACUCCAGGAAUGUCUUCCUAGCCAUGCAGUCCCAGAUGAGGUUUUGCUGAUUGACACUUUACCAUUCACAUCACAUGGCAAAAUGGAUGUGUCUGAGCUGAGCAGGAUUUACAACAGCCAUUUGAACUCUAGAAGGAGUGACAGUAAGCUGAACGAGAAUGAAUUGUGGGAGAGAUUGCAGCAUUUAUGGAAGGCUGUUCUGAAUUUCCCAGAUGAAUCCACAAGCAUUUUAAAAGAGUCACGGUUUUUGCACAGUGGUGGGGAUUCCUUCAAAUCAUUACAGUUCCAUGAUGAAAUUGAACAUAUGGUAGGCAAGCCUGUCCCUGGCCUCCUGGAAAUUAUUCUCAGUAGAUCCAUCGAAGAGGUCUACAGGCAUAUCUUAAAAACAGUUUUCCCAAGCGAAAACCUGAAAUUAAGCUGUAACAAUGCUGUAAAAAGAAAGCUGAGUGAAAGCAACAGCGAGGAGCCCAGUAAAAAGUAUGUGCAGCUAAAACCUGAAAGAUCCCCAGUAGUUGAAUCAAAUAUUGUUGGAUUUACUGCCGUGACCCGAGGAAACCGGUUGUUGUCUAUGAGUGACCCCUUGAAGAACCCCAGUAAUACAGAGCAAGCAGGAGAGAGCGAAGUUUUGCCGAGCAUGCGGGAUAAAACAAUUGUCAGCAGUGCAAAUAUGGCAGAAGAUGAUUCUAUACUAAACACUCCUGUACAUGAGAAUCUUGGGCAAACGGCUGAAAAGUUAAUGUUGCAUCUCAGAUGGAAGUCAGACCUGGGCAAAUGUGUGGAUGCAUCUCCACUAGUUGUCACCGAAAAAUUAUCUGCCUUUGUGUAUAUUGGAUCGCAUUCUCACGUGAUUCAAGCAAUUGACCUAUAUUCAGGAAAAGUCAAGUGGGAGAGAAACCUUGCGGAUCGGAUUGAGUCGUCCGCCUGCGUAUCUAGGUGCGGAAACUUCCUUGUUGUUGGAUGUUAUAAUGGGUUGGUAUAUGUCCUCAGAAGGAGUGAUGGGGAAACACACUGGACAUUUGCGACUGAGGAUGCUGUGAAAAGUUCUCCAGCUGUAGAUCCUUCCACAGGAGUAGUCUUCAUUGGAUCUCAUGACCGUCAUGUAUACGCUUUAGAUAUUUAUAGGAAAGAGUGUGUCUGGAAAUUACACUGUGAAGCUGGAGCUGUAUUCGCCUCUCCUCACCUAAAUCUGUUACCACAUCACCUGUAUAUUGCUACACUUGGAGGGCUGCUGCUAGCUGUAAAUCCAAUUACGGGGAACGCAAUCUGGAAGAGCUUUUGCGGAAAACCUAUCUUCUCAUCACCACAUUGCAACAAGGACUGUGUAUGUGUAGGAUGUGUGGAUGGAAAUUUAUAUUGCUUUAGCCACUUUGGAGAAAAGAUAUGGAAGUUUUCCAGCAAUGGACCAAUUUUUUCAUCGCCAUGUAUUUCAGAUUUUUCCAGCGAUAUAUUUUUUGGAUCCCAUGACAACUUUACUUACUGCUGUAGUACGGAAGGUAAUUUAAUGUGGAAAUUUGAAACAACAUCAACUGUAUAUGCAAUUCCAUUUGUUUUCCAUCAUCCUGCCUUCCAAGAUGAAACACUUCUGGCAGUGGCAUCCACAGAUGGCAGAAUAUGGAUCUUGAAUGCCAAGACUGGCUUUGUACAAGGUGAAGAGAAGCUUCCAGGAGAAGUGUUCUCAUCUCCUGUUGUAUGGGGAACAACGAUCAUUGUAGGCUGUAGAAAUAACUAUAUUUAUUGCUUUGAUUUAUGUGUUUUUAAAACCAAAUAAGGUGCCUAAAAUUUCCCU